UUAUGAUUGUGAAGUUGUCAAAAAAUGUAUAUUUUAGUGGCAACUAAUCUACACCAUUAGGUGGUAGAUUUUGUAAUUUUUAAAUUUUUAAAUUUUUAUGUUUUGUAGUUUUGUAAAAUUAUUUUAAAAAAUUAGGUAAAUUAAUAUGAGUAUAAAGCGUUUUUCAUGUAUUUUAAUAGGUACUCUCUGCGCGGCGGCCCGAGAACAAUUAAAACAAAAUCCCCGCGAUCACGGUUGGCAAUAUCCCGAAGAUGCCGAAAAAUGGGGAGGACUUUGCAAAAGCGGCACAAGACAAAGUCCCAUUCAUAUUCACCCAGGCACUGUCGUCAAAGGUCAAAUGAAGAAUUUGGCUCUAGUGAAUUACCACAGAAAGUUCCACUACUUUAAAUUGGUCAACAACGGGCACGGUGUCAAGUUACAAAUAGACCCCAGACUCAAUAUAAUGAUAAAAAAUGGUCCAUUGAAUAACUAUUAUAUCUUGGAGGACAUUCACUGGCAUUGGAACGGUACAGAGCACACAAUUGAAGGAAAGAAGGAUGAGCGCCUCGUUUUAGAGAUGCAUUUAGUUCACCGGAAUAUAAAAUACAAAACUUUAAAGGAAGCCAUGGGAAAUAAAGAUGGAAUUGCAGUGUUGGGAUGCCUUUUUAAAGAGUCUGCUUCCCCUAAUCCCGUCCUCGAUAAAAUUUUCCGACUAAUUCCAAAAGUCACCAACCCAAAUCAAGUAACUUACGUUCAAGAGCCAUUCUCCAUAAGGCAGUUACUGCCUCCUUCCCACGCAUACUACACCUACCAAGGGUCACUUACCACCCCACCCUGCAAAGAAGUUGUCACCUGGAUAAUAUUCAGAGGUAUAUCUCACAUACAGCGAGAUCAGAUCGGCCAGCUUUCACAAGUUAAAGACUCUCGGGGGCGAAGGAUAAUAACAAACUGCCGUGAUAGAAAACCAAUUUACAACCGGGAAAUAUAUUUGAAUCGACACUAAGCACAGAGAUUUUAUGAAUUGAGAUUUAUUUAAUACUCUAAGUAAAUCUUAAGUACAACUUUUUUGAAAUAAAAUAUUUCAGUAAAAGA